AAAUUAAACCAAAAAUGAUGUAUCCUAGUAUCCCCACUCUAAUAAUUCAAUUAUUUGAAUAAUUUCUUCAUGUGCUUUGAAGAUUACAAAGCUUCUGUCUUGAACAUCCAUGGCUUCCUCUCAUUUGCUCUGUAAUCACAGUCUCUUCUUCUCUUCUGCCUUCAAAAAUUGUGGCUUCUCAAAUACUCCCCCAUCAAAGCUUCAAUUUCAAAUAACCCCAUUUGUCAAAGCAUCCAAGAAACAGCUAGAGAUUGUAUAUGACCCUGAUGAGAGGCUAAACAAGUUAGCAGAUGAAGUGGACAAGGAAGCUCCGUUUUCAAGGCUUACUUUGUUCUCACCUUGUAAGAUUAAUGUUUUCUUGAGAAUUACCAACAAAAGGGAAGAUGGGUAUCAUGAUUUAGCAUCUCUCUUUCAUACAAUUAGUCUCGGGGAUGUAAUUAAGUUCUCUUUGUCACCAUCCAAAACCAAGGAUCGUUUGUCAACCAAUGUCUCUGGUGUCCCCCUUGAUGAUAAAAACUUGAUUAUUAAAGCCCUUAACCUCUACAGGAAGAAAACUGGCAGUUCCAACUUCUUUUGGGUUCAUCUUGAUAAAAAGGUGCCUACUGGGGCAGGGCUUGGUGGUGGAAGCAGCAAUGCAGCAACCGCACUUUGGGCCGCUAAUCAGUUCAAUGGUUCUGUUGCAACUGAAAAGGAGCUCCAGCAAUGGUCGAGCGAGAUAGGUUCAGAUAUUCCAUUCUUUUUCUCACAUGGAGCUGCUUAUUGUACUGGUCGAGGUGAGUUUGUUCAAGAUAUAUCCCAUCCUCUUCCAUCAGACAUCCCAAUGGUUCUUAUAAAGCCUAGAGAGGCAUGUUCGACAGCCGAAGUUUACAAGCGUCUUCGACUAGAUCAAACAAGUAAUGUUGAUCCUUUGACAUUGCUGGAGAAGAUAUCAAGGAAUGGAAUAUCUCAAGAUGUUUGCAUUAAUGAUUUAGAACCUCCUGCUUUUGAAGUCUUACCAUCUCUUAAACGGCUAAAGCAACGGGUAACUGCAGCUGGCCGUGGGCAGUACGAUGCCGUGUUUAUGUCUGGGAGUGGAAGCACCAUUGUCGGAGUCGGUUCCCCAGAUCCUCCCCAAUUUGUAUAUGAUGAUGAUGAUUAUCGUGAAGUAUUUUUAUCAGAUGCAAACUUCAUUUACCGGGAAGAAAAUGAGUGGUACAAAGAACUUGUUUCAACGACUGUUUGUGACCCCCUGGAAACAGCGCGAACCUUCGAGUGAUUCAUCCAUUCCUGGUUGAAGAAGAAGGUUGGAACUGGUUUUGCUUGUAUGAUUUAGUUAUUAUAUCUGGAUGACAUCAAUUUGUGUUUGUAAUUGCCAUCAGUAUAUGUAAAGCUUUGGGGAUUGCAAAAUGUGAGGAAAAGCUUUAUAUUACCCAAUAUUUGCCUAAAAAAUAAGCUCCCCCUUUAUUCGUUCCCCAGUUACCUAAGGUUUUUUUCUUUUUCUUUAGAUGCUUGUUUUUGGUUACUAAUUGUUCUAUCAAUAGUAGUUCUGGAAAAUAUUGUUCUCUAUAAGAGUACCUUUGAGAACAGCAUCAUGUUGGGAACAAUUACUUUUGAGAAGAAUGUUGGAAGGUUGGCAGGGUUCUUAGGUUGUUUCACUUUUGAGAUAUCGUGAAGAACUUGGCUUUAAAGCUUAAAUACAGAUUUUAUAUUCCUAGUAA